UGUAGAAAUCCAGGGGGGUCACUGCAACUCCUGCAACACAAUGCGAAUCCUGGACUUAGCUACAGAAUUCCUCCCUAACAAUGGGGAUCUCGAGGAAUCCCUAUUAAAAAUUGUUGACAGCAGCAAUAAACACUACAUCAAGGAUGCUCUUUGGAAGAGGCAGCUCAUGAAAGUCCAAAUGAAAACUCUCCUUGUGAGUUUGGACGAGGACGGAUUUUGUACAAAAGGGAGUUUAUCCAACGUUGUUUGUAGCCUGUUUGUUCAGUACUUUGCCAGUGGGAACUAUGGAUUUGUAAAGAUAUUAAACUGGAAUGAUCUGAUUGAUCAGGAGAUUGAAAGCACACGAGAGCUACUGAAGGAGGCCAUCUCUAUUCUCAAUAAGGUUCAUAUUUAAGCUUACUUACAACUCUCAUAUGUAUGGGCCUUAAAAAUUAGGGAGCUUCUCUUUUCAGCGAAUGUCUAAUGAGCCUCUUUUAGGUUGAGAAGGGCAAUAAUGCUUUCCAUUUAUUUUUAUUAUUAUUAUAAUUUUCUUUUUCUUCUGCUUUUUUGUUCCUGUUUUAUUUUGGGGAGGGGUGGGGGUGUUAAGGGGAUCAUUAUUAGGGGUUGGGAAAGCAAGACUGGUGUAUGGAUACUUUCUUAAAUUGGCUACUUUUCUAACCUUCCUGUAAAGAGCUGAAAACUGAUGGGGUGCUCUAAAAAGCUUUAGAUGGGGAGGCUCAGUGUUCCAGGUGGUCAAUUACUUGACAAAGAAAGCUUCCUGACGCGACAGAUGACAUAUAAGUCUUAUGUUACAUAUAACGAAAAAAAUUAGCAUGUGGUCUUGGUGACACCUCAGAUGGUCUUUAUGUCUCCCCACUUGAAAGAAUUAACUAAAACACUGGAGGCUCAGUGCCCCGAGGUCCAACCCCUUGUCCUUUGCUUAUACGAUUUUUGACAGAAAAAGGUGCCCCCUUCGUAUUCCUUCUAUAAACAAAUGGUACUCCUUUUACAUACUUACUUAGAACUUUACAUCCCUGCUAUAAAUGCCUUGUCUAGGUUAAAAUAUAAAUAAAUCACACAACCAGAAUGUUUAUCUUCAAAAUGAAUUUGUUAGCCCCUUUUACAGACCAAAAUGACAGAUCUUCCUACCCUUUCAUAUACCUCAAACAGUGGAUUCCCCACACUUUCAUAUACCAAAGGCCUUAAAAAGGUACCCCAUUCUGGGUGGAGCCUACGUGUCCAUUAUAGGGAGAGGCCCUAUCAGGCGGGGUCCCAUGUCGCCCAUCUGAAUUUUAAAACGUCUCGUGUCGGUGUUUAUAAAUGCUUGUCACUUAUUGUCGGCUUUGCCGUCUCUGUUGCAAUUUGGCCGAGGGAGGUUGUCUCUUGUCGCGAUUUCAUUUUACGUGCUGUCUUGGGCCAUGUCGCUUGUCAGAAUUUACCCUGGCAGGGCCUCUAGGCUGUGUUGAACCUGACAGAUAUAGUGCAUUGAAAUCCCAACUAACAAAGGCAGCAUUGAGUAACAUUGAAUGUGAUAAUAAUCAAAGAAGGAAAAAAUGAGAAAUAUCUCUUCAUCUCUUGUAUUGUUUUCUUGUAUUUUCCGCUAUAUUGACAAAUUGUUUUUAGGAAGUCCUCAGAUUUAUGUACAGUUAUAACUGUACAUAAUUAGAUUAUAAAGAUUAUAAAUUCUAAAUGGUUAUAUCUUGUAACAUAACAUUUCAUUUCCAAUUUUUGCAGUAUGCCCAGCAAAGUGGACAUGAAAGGUGUAAGGAAAUCUUCAGUGUUGUGACCAAGAAUCAUAGACUGAAAUUAGCUGGCAAACGUGGCUGGUCUCAACAAUCCAAGUGUUUAUAUUCGACAGGAUUUCGCCUUAUAGAUACCAAGGCCUCUUCGAUUUCAAGCGACAUUUGUCUCCUUGUUUAUAAACCUGAUUUGAUUCCCAAUUUUCAAGUUGAGGAUGGAGUGGUAAGAGAUUAUGUGGAAACCUCUGCUGUUUUAAACAUUUGUGAAGAUCUCAUUUCUUCCCUAAGUGUUUCAGAAGAAGGAAGACAAGAAGCCCAGUGUAUUCAAAGCUGUAUGAAAACAGUAAAUGAAAGUUCAACUUUGAUGUUAAAUACAGUCCGGUCUUCUUUUCCUUGGAAUGGUAAUAUAUUAUUGCAUUUACAUUUUAGUAAAUUUAUGUUUAGGAGACGGCAUGGCAGAGUGGUUGCCAGUCACCUGUGGUAAAAUCAUUGUGUAGUCACUAGGUGGGGUUGUUCUUGCUAUAGACUUAAGUUCUAUGCCUCAAUCCUUUUAAAUACAAAGCAAGAUGGCCUUCUCUUACUUAAAUAGGGUGUGUUUGAUUGGCUGUGUAUAAUUCAAGAAAAUGAUAUAAGUAUUAAUAGGGACUUCUAAUAAACUCAUCCAUUGGGACUUUUGACUUUUGACUCCAUGUGAUUUCUUGGAAUUGUGAAUUUCAAAGGUGUUUUGCCACAAUUUUGUAUUGAUAUUGACAGUUUCUUUUUAUGAGUAUUUUACUGAAGUUUUGUGUGUAGCUGUUUAUAAGAUUUUAAUAAAGCAUUUUGACAUAUUAAAAAAUGAAUAAACUCUUGACUAGAAAUAUGAUUAAUUUGUUUUGGUAUCCAUUGUAUAAUUUGUAAUCUCUAAAAAUCAAAUCAAAUCAAAUGCACCUUUAAUAUGUUAAUUUAAACAUAUUUUUCUGUCCCUAUUGUGGGCCACAGUGUAAAAAAAAGUUGGUCAGCAGAAAUUGCAAAAGUCAACAAUAUUAAAGCACUGAUCAGUAUUUUUUUAACAUGCAUAUAAUGUAAUGAGUAACAAAAACAUUAAAAGUUUUCAAAAACUUUUUUCUAUCUUAUUAAAGGAUUAGCAGGUCCCUCUCCUGAUAAUCAAGUUGUUAUUGUUGGUGGAGGUUUAGCAGGCCUUAGUGCUUCAUUGUCGCUGUCUAAGGCUGGGUUUGAUGUGGUUCUGUUAGAGGCUGCUAACUACCUAGGUAGGUUGAUUGCUUUGACCUUUUCUGUGCUUUGAAUAUGCAGUAUUUUACUUAUGCCAGUAAUACUGUGAGAAGUAGUUCCAGAUUUAAGAGUUUGAAAUUAGUUUCCAAAGUAAGAUACCAUAAAUCCUCUAUUAAGCCCCCCUCUCAAAUAAGCCCCCUUUCUCUACUAACCCCCCUUUUUAGGGGAAGAAAGUUAAUAAGCCACCAUCCCCCUCUCUUUUAAGCCUCCUCUCCCCUCCUAGCAAUGGGAGAAAUUUAUAUUUCUGAUGGGGUGCUUCUUAUAAGGCCUUACUUUUGAGUUAUAACUUAAGUAAUAACUCAGAAGUGCAAGGUUCGAGUUGGUGAGGGUUUGAGUUAUCAGGAGUCAACUGUAAGAACCACCUUAUCAAAAGCACCCCCAUUAGAAACACUGAUAAAAGUCAAAUGAUUUUAAAGUUUACCAGUGGCUGCUGGGAAUGGCUUUCAUGUUUUACUAUUCUGCAUCAUUUGAUACCUUUUGAUGUCAUCACAGCAUUUGAAUCUGUGUAUAAAAUCAUUCAAGUAAAUUCACAUGUCUUUUGUGGCUUGAUUGACCAUUGUAAAAUGGUGAGCCUCUCUCCAGUUGGAGACAUAAAAAUGCUGUUCCCAAUUAGUACUUCCAUGCAAAAUACAUUGACACUCAAAUAAAGUGCUUUUUUUUUUUAGUAUGAGCCACGUGGCCUGCCAUGGAUAUUUGGCACAGUAAAUGACCUUAACUGAGACGUUAUAUUUUGUAAUUAUAUAUUUUAAUAGGUGGCAGAGUAAAGCAAGCACAGCCUUUCAAAGGUUUUGGUUCUUUUGAUCUUGGUGGAGAAUUUAUCCAUGGAUCAAACACUGUUGUUAAUAAGCUUGCUCUUGAUAAUGGCUGGCUGGUCCUUCCUGUAAGUACAACAUAUGUACUAGUGACUCUUACUGCCUCAGUUUCUUGGUGCUAUAGCCCCACAGAGGGAGAUACCAGUGGAAGGUCUAGAAGAGGUGCCCCCGGGGGUUACUGGGGUAAAUUUUUGCUGGGUAUGUGCCGCUGGCAUCUCAGAGCCCUUACCCCAUUACAGUCUAUUCUGUGACCAAUAAUAGACCCAAUCUUAGUCAGUUAUGGGCAAAUAUGUAAUUUUUGCGAUCCCAACUAAGUCACUUUCUAUUUUUAUGAAUUGACCCAUUUUUUAAACUGAAUGAAGAACUCUUCAAUUUUCACCUACAGUGCAAACAUUCUGGUACUUGGCUAACUGUAAAUGAAGUAUUGUGUUACCCCCAAAAAUCCGAAAAUGUGCAACCCCAUUCUAGUAACUCUAUGGAAAAUGCGACUCCAUUAGUCAAUCCAGUCAUGAAAAUACAACCCCAUCCAGCAGCACAUUCCCUUUAGCCUCCUCCUCGGAGAGGUGCCCAAGUGAUUUGCCACCUUUUUUGGACCAAAAAAAGACCACAAAACCAGCUUAAUUAGGAGAUUUAUCUUCAAUAGCAGGCUCACCUUAUCCAGGCCUCUAAAUAACCUUUUCCAUAUUAACCCUUUAAGCCCCAAGAUCCACAUACAAAUUCUCCAAACUGAUCUCCAUACAUUUGUUUUAAGAAUGGUUGAGAGAAUUUGGUUUAAGAUCGAAGUGUUCUCCCUUUAAUAAUCAGUUUAGUAAUUCUCAUAACCUUUAAUCUUGAUGAUCUGCUGAUGAUGUUUGGAGAAAAUUAACGUUGGUCACUCUUGGGACCUAAAGGGAUAAAGUGGAUGCCAAUGGUGAAAAAAGGCGGCAAUGAUAAGGAAAGGGACUGUAAGGCCCCCUCUCCCUAAAAUCUUAACAGACAGCAAUGGUGCCGCAACAUUGCAUUGAGGGGAUCGGGGGGAGCUUCAUUUUCACCUUUUGAAGCCGGUAAAACGUCAGAAACGCCCUUUAGGGCACAGUGUCUCAACUAAUUUUGUCGCCAAUUGCAGCUUUUUAAUAUUGAAACCCUUGCCCUUUGUAUGUGCCGCCCAGGACUCCAAAUUUGCACCCCGUUCUAAAAAAAAAUUUCCCCUAAAAUUGAUACCCCGUUCUAGAAAUGGGCCAAUUUUUUAUACCCCGUUCUAGAAUUCGCCCUAAAACUGAUACCCCGUUCUAGAAAUGGGCCAAUUUUUUAUACUCCGUUCUAGGGUGCAACAAGAGUAUAACAGUUUGCUUGUUAACACAUUGAACCCUAUUUUUAAAAGCAACCUGUCCUUGAAUAAUUUCAAAUGGCUACUUACAAAACUGGAGCUUUCGUGCUUUCGAAAUAUAAUACCCCGUUCUAGAAAACGCCUCUGAAAUGGAUACCCUGUUCUAAACCAGGAGCUUCAAAAUCACGACCCCGUUGGCCGGCACAUACCCGUAUAGGUAAUGUAUGGGAGUACCCCCCCACCCCGGGCAUAUGCCUAACCGCAAGGAAGGCAACUGGCCGCGGGAUUUUAACGCCUUAGGCAAAUGCCUCCUGUGAAUUCCUGCACCGGCCUAAGCCUCUCAUGAUCUGUUGCAAUUUGUUUGGUAUAAAAAUCAAUACCCUUGGUUAAUAAUCCUCAGAUCACAAAUAUAACCUAGCUUGACACCCAGCUUAACUCUAUGAUGGUCACUAGCUAUCAUUUUAACGUUUCAAAUUUUACUUGAAAACUAUUUAUGUUCCUGAGCUGCAUAACGUUUUUCCCCUAAACCUUGCAGGCAGCCCAAAGUGAACAUGAAGAAGAAGGUGAAAAAAUUUACUAUAAAGGAAAAUUUUACUCUCUGUCCAGCAACCAGCCAGAAAUUAAAGUCGCCAGAGAUACGUGGGAAGAAAUAAUCAGCACUAGAUACAAUCACCAAGGUAAUGAGGAUGGCUCGCUGUCAGAUUCCCUGAAUGACAGGCUUCAAGACCAUGGAUUGUCGCAGGAUGUUUUGGACAUUAUUGACUACUGGAAACUAAAGAUUUCAGCUGGGUCUUUGACACAUUAUGGAGUACGUGAAGGAAGAAGGAGAAUGGAAUCGAAAUUUGAGUGGGGUCUUGGAAAUUGCAGGUGAGCUCAGUACUUUGUAGGUCGUACAGUAUGACUUGAUAGUAUGUCUUCGGACAAAGUAAUGGUUGUACUGUGCAAGGUGGUUCUAACUUUUUGAAUUCAAGGAUGAACUUGUCAAGUGUGGCCAUUCACAUUAAAGCGUUUGAGCAGUGCUUUCCUGUGGUACUGUUUAUUGUGCUUCAAAAGGUGGUUUUGCUUUUGAGUUGGUGGAUGAAAUCCUAAAGUGUGACCAUUCAACUGAAAGCUUCUGAGUAUUCCUUUCCUGUGUUACUUUUUAUUAUGCUGUACAAGGUGGUUCUAAUUUUUGAGUUUGUUGAUGGAGUCCCUCUCGGGGAGCUUGUCCUUACUUUUUACCUGUGUUUGACACUUCAGACUUGCUGAAUCGUAUUCCCAACUGGUAAAGUAUUACUUAGAUAACACCACAGAUGUGGAUAAACGACUCAACUGGCAAGUUAAGAAAAUCGUUUGGAAAGGUAAGGAGUAUAAACAGUCGUCUUUUAGAUACUGAAGUAGACAGUAUGUAUGUUUGAUUCUGUAACUGUCAUUUACGUUAACUGUUCUUGCUAUGCUUGAAUGGACAAGGUGUGCAAUGUUAAAGUUCGUUUUAAGUUAAACUGCAGUGCAUCAGUUUACUUUCACGCACCCGAAAGCGCGCGAGUAGCUCGAGUCUCUAUGUUCGACACACAUGCCUCUUCCGACUCUCUUUGUUCGUUAUCACACUUGUUUUAAAAGUCUGGCUUGAGGACCGUAUGCAUUCGUAUAAAAGACUUAAUGACUGUAUUGCAGUCUAAGGUGUUACUGCUAUUCUGAUUAAAAAAUGAAGGACGUAUUACUGAAAAAAAGCUGUGAUGUCACGGACGACAAUUUUUAAUAAUAAUAAUAAUAAUAAUAAUAAUAAUAAUUAUAACAAUCUUUGUACAGGGAGCUCACUUCACAAAGAGUGAUACUCAGUGAGGCCCUGUAAAACAAUAGAAAAAAUAAAUGAUCUUAGAUAAAUGAAUACGUAAUACAGUCGACUCUCUAUAAGACGGACACCUCUGUAAAACGGACACCUAGAGUUGGUCCCUGCCUUUCUUAGCUCCCUCUAUUUGACUUUCUGUAAGACGGACAUCUCUCUAAGACGGACAGCUAGUGCCGGUCCCAAAGGGACUUGACUGUAGUAAUGACAAGUAAAAGUUAAGAACAAAAACUUAACUAAUAUAAGCUACGGGUUGAAAAUGAUAGAAUGUCAGAUAGACUCUCAGAUAGAUUAAAAGUAAAUAUUAAAAGCUAUAAAUAUCUAAAAAUACAGCUUUUACUGUUCUGUUUAAAAAGAAGAGGAGAAUUGAUUUCUUUAAAAGAUGCGUCUAAAAAGUUCCAUUCCUUAGCGCAUUGAUAAAAGAGUCUCUGCUUUUCGAAAUUCCUUUUAACGAGAAGAAGACGCAGUAUGUUUGUGUUAAAACCCUACAACUUGAAAAGACGUCAGAACGUUUUAGAAGACAAUUUAGACUCGUGGUAUUCCCAAAAAUUAAUACUAAAAAAUGUGAGGCCGAGAAAUGGUAGUUUUAUAAAAGGUAAGGUCGUUUCAUUGUUUUCAUUUUUCCUCGUGUAACUAUUGUGGACUAAGGCCCAGUUCAUACGUUGUGUUUCUGCCAUGCCGACUUAAUUUUUGAAUAAGUUUGACAAAAGCACUGUGGAAGCACGACGUAGGAACUGGGCCUAAAUUUCGGCGGAAAAGUAUCUAAAAUGUAUAAACGGUCUGGAUAACGUCCGUCAAAGGCUUAGUUUGGGAUUAACUUGCUUCAGGUCAGGGAAGUCUGGUUUAAAACGCUGACAUAACGGUGUAAAGUCGAUUUUCUAUGCAACAUUUUGUUUUGAAACAUUUGCAACUCUCCGCUAAGAAGUAUUUAUUUUGACGUUAAGUGAGCGCUAUAUUUUUUGCAGAUGAAGACAGGCAUAGAUUAAAUGCUGGUGGAAGAAUUCUUUUGAAGAAUCAACACGGGGAAAUUAUAACCGCUAAAUACGUCGUCAUUACUGUUCCGCUUACAGUCCUCAAAGAUAGGGACAUCACUUUUGUUCCAGAACUUUCCGCUAACAAAAACGGAGCCAUAAACACGAUCCAGAUGCUUGGAGCAUGGAAAAUUAUUUGUCAAUUCAAACGCCGGUUUUGGCCCGAGAAACUUCAUCAAAUUUACAGUGUACGGGGAUUUACAAGUGAAAUAUGGAUGUGGUCGCGUGACUCGGCUGUUAAUGACGACAAGUGUCACGUGGUUGUUGGGUUUGAAACUGCUGAGUCUGCGGAACAGAAAAGUAGCCUCAGCGGUCAACAGGUCUUGGAGGGGUUCUUGGGCUAUUUGGAUGAGAUGUUCGGGUAAGAAAAUUUUGAUAUAUGUAAGUAACUUAAAAUUUUUCAAUGAAAACGCCGAGGUCGCUUCGUGGUAAAAGGAAACAAAAAGUCAGUGUUUACGAAAAAGAACGGCCCUAUUCUUCGUGAAAUGAAAACUGCUCAUAAUCCCUUAGCAGGUAUAGCAGAGCAAUACACUUUCCAAAGCAUUACACCACUGAGUCCUGCAGCCCAAUGUAUGCCUAUUAUUGGCGUCUAGUUCACCAAGCUCAACUUCCUCUCAUUAUUGAUCACCUUACUGGAGUUUUUCGGCAUCUUAGCAGUAUACACGACACGUGUCACAAAUAAAAAAGGCCUAACUCCUCAUGAGUCUCCCCUUAGCUAAGUGCGCCCCUUCGGUAUUAUUAUUAUUGUAAUUAUCGUCAUUAAACAAAGCAUCUGUAUGGCUUGCUGGAGUCUUCCUUAAACAUCAAGUCACCACGCGUGACCUUAGGUGUCCGGCUAAGACUGCGAAGGAUUCUGGCUGUACCCAGUAUAAGCGCGCUCUCUGCAAUGAUUCUAAACGGCAUGUGACACCAUUCUCUGUUAACCACUUUUCUAUGUCUUUCGAGACAGUUCCUAAUGCACCAAUUAUGACUGGCGCCACAGUUACUCUGCGCAAUUUCCAGAUCCAUUUAAACUCGCGCUUCAGUUCUUGGUAGUUCUAAAUUUCUUCUUUCUCCUUCCCUUUCACUCGGAUGUCAAAUGCACAAGCAACGUCAAAAUUAGGCACUUCCGUUCUAUCUUAUCCAAUACCACAAUGUCAGGCUUGUUGUGUUCAACCUUGUUGUCAGUCUGUAUUUUGAAGAAGUCCCACAGCAGCUUGUUCAGUACUGGAUUCAUACACUGGUCGUGGCUCGUGGUUGUAAUAUUUUUCUUUCUUAAGACUUGGUCUUGUUCUUCGAUAAUCAUACCCUCCAUCUCCUUCUUUAGUCUUCCCUUUUUCAGCCACUCCCACGUCUUUUAUCUCUUAUUAGUGUGUUCCUCCAAAACUGCCCUUAAAGUUGUUUCUACUGAAAGCGCUUUUUUCUUUCUUGCUGUAAUGAUGCGUCUUCACAACUUUCGCACAAUAUCUCAGAACCUCUUCAUUGUACACUGCCUCGAACAGGGAGCCGUUACAACUCUCAACAUACCUGCUAAGUCUAUUCAUCUCACUAUUUGCAGAGUCGUCAACACUCAUUAAUCCUCUACCGCCCUCUGAUCUUUUAAAGUAAAUCUUGUCAAAAUCAGCCUGCGGGUGCAAAGCAUGAUGUAGAGUCGUCAUCAUCAUCAUCAUCAUCAUCAUCAUCAUCAUUAUUAUUAUUACUAACAUUAUUAUCAUUAUUAUUAUUUUUUACAGCACACCCAGCGAUGCUCGUCCUGCAACCGAUUCUUUCCUAGACUACGUGUAUUUUCAUUGGUCAAACCAUCCCUACAUUCGCGGUGGAUACACAUCCCCUACUGCCAACGCGUACGAUCUUCGUCACGUGAUUGCCACUCCUGUUGAAGAUCGCUUGUUUUUUGCGGGUGAAGCUACAAGUCUUCGAUCGUGCUCAACUGUACCAACUGCGAUAGAAACUGGAAUCCGCGUGGCCGAUCAAGUGUGUCUCGCAGCUGGAAAGAGUCUUUGUUCUAAACUUUAAUCAGCGUUGGUUUUGAAAAUCUCGUUUUCUUUCUUAAUGAAGUUUAAGAUAUACAUAAUAUCAUCAAGUCCACAGCAACAAACCAAUGAGUGGUGCCCGAUCUCCCAGUUGUAGACCUGGAUCAGUACAAUUAAACUUGUAGAAAAAUAUGAAACGGCAAACUGAUCCUUACGGCAAAGCUUUUAGUUUUAUUUUCAUUUUUCUUUUAGCCGCUGCAGAAGGUUUGUUUCCAAACCGAAAUAUAAAUAAUGUAUUUUUUUGUUUUAUUCUUUUGUUUACUUCUUGAUCGCCUUGCCGUAAGGAUCAGUUUGAAGUUCAAGACUCGGGCUUGAAAAACAUUUCAUUCAGUCAGUUCUUUGGAAUUUAAAGAACCUAGUGGUAAAUCUUACUAGUUACUUUCUGGAGACAUCUUUCAGUGUUGCGAAAGUCGUUUUUAGUGGACUGACUUGAUUGAACCUUGGGGGUGGAAAACUGGUCCACCGUCCCGUCACCGUCAGGCUGAAAAAGGGAAAAACCCUCAACCACUGCUUAUAAGUGCCCUCAGUUAUACACCCAUCUACCCGUAAACAAAAAAUACUUCCGAUUAUAACCCCCUCCAAAUGCAUUGUUUGAUGCUUGA